AUGGAGAGAAAAGACCAAGCUGGGAGAACCAGGAAUGAAAAAGUUUUGAACUGCUUAAUUCAAAGGCCUAAUGCAAUUUUUAAGCUGAUUUGCUUUCCCUGGGCAGGAGGUGGCUCUAAUCAUUUUGCCAGAUGGGGCCAAAAGAUGUCUGAUCUAUUGGAAGUGCAUGCUGUAAGAUUUGCUGGAAGAGAAAGUCGUCUUGAUGAGCAAUUUGCCAGUGACAUACACCAGCAAGUGGAUGAAAUUAUUGACGCUCUGCUGCCAAUCAUUCAUGAUAAAUCAUUUGCAUUUUUUGGCCACAGUUUUGGAUCCAGUGUAGCUGUUUUGUGUGCACUGCGCUUAAAAGAAAAAUACAAUGUAGAACCAGUGCAUAUGUUCUUGUCAAGUGCAACUCCUUUCCAUUCAAGCUACUGGCAGGAUCAAUUUCUCCACACGAACCAAUUGUCAGAAGAACAAAUUAAACAUCAUCUUCUGGAGCUUGGAGGCACCCCCAACCAUAUCAUUGAUAACAAAGACCUUAUGGACCAAUGGUUGCCCAUGAUACGGGCAGACGUAAACAAUCUUAAAAAUAGCAAUGUGGAUACAUCCUCUGUGAAGACACAGUCCUGUGAUUUUACCUGUUUUAUUGGAUCCAAUGACAUAUCCAAAGAUAUGGAAGCCUGGAAAGAUGUUACCAGUGGAAACUUCGACCUUUAUGUCUUGCCUGGAGAUCAUUUCCAUCUUGUGGAUCCUGCUAAUGAAGGCUUUAUCCAUAAAUGUAUAACAAAGUGUCUAGAACUAUCAUCCUUAAAUCUUAGCUAG